UAUCACACCCCACGAGUGUUCACAGUCCCUUCGCCCUCUUUUGGACUGGGCGCUUUCUCUCUUCCAACUUCUUUUUUCUUCGAUCAACUCCUCCCCGCCCCUCUCGAUCCGAUCCUCCCCCAUCCAUCCUCCUCCCACCCCCGCCCAUGGCAUCCCAGAUCUCCGAAGAAGUCGCCGCAAAGGCCAACGCCAUCAAGGAGGAGGCCAAUGUCCUCUUUGCUGGUACGAGUGAAUUCUGUUGCUUAUUUUGCUUACCUCCUUCUACUGCUGUCAACCCUCUCUGAUCUUCCAUCACACAUCUCGAUCUGAUCGUCCACCCUUCCCAUCUGUUCUCCUUCUAGCCAAAAAGUACGAGGACGCCGUUGAAAAGUACACAGAGGCCAUCGAUCUGAACCCCAACGUCGCUGCUUACUACGCCAACCGUGCUUUUGCACAUACCAAGCUCGAGGCCUAUGGUGCCGCUAUCUUGUACGUCUCGUCUUCAUGAAUCAUCAACAACACUUCGAUCUCAGCAAUGCCACGGCCCUCAGGCUGACUCUCGUGUUGACCUUGAACAACAAUUGUUUAUUGCCCCUUUGUCCAAUAGGGAUGGCGACAAGGCUGUGGAAGUCGAUCCAAAAUACGCCAAGGGAUACUAUCGUCGCGCCGUGGGCAAGUAUGCCCUCGCCCGCCACAAGGAGGCUGCAAAAGAUUUCAGAAUCGUGCUCAAACUUGCACCUAACGACAAAGAUGCAAAGCUCAAGCUGGAAGACUGUGAAAAGAUCGUGGCCAGGAUGGCGUUCGAGAAGGCAAUUGCCAGCAACGAGGUCGUCAAGAAGGUUUCGGACUCGAUCGACCCUCGCUCUAUCAUUGUCGAGGACUCGUACGACGGCAUCAGGAUUGAUGAUGGCGAGGUUACCAAGGAGUUUGUCGACGAUAUGAUUGAACGCUUCGUUGCCCAAAAGAAGAUCCACAAGCGUUAUGCCUACGAGAUUAUCCUUCAAGCCAGAAAGUACUUUAUGGAGCAGCCCUCGCUGGUGGAUGUUGAGAUUCCAGAUGAUUGCAAGUUGACCAUUUGCGGAGAUGUGCACGGACAGUUCUACGACUUUGUCAACAUUUUCAAACUCAACGGACGACCCUCAGAAAAGCACGCCUAUCUGUUCAACGGAGACUUUGUGGAUCGCGGAACAUUUUCGCUCGAGAUUAUCUUGACUCUAUUCGCCUACAAGCUACUCUAUCCCACUGGCAUGUAUCUGACUCGCGGAAACCACGAGACGGACGACAUGAACAAGGUCUAUGGGUUUGAAGAUGAGGUCAAGGCCAAGUUCUCGGAAACGAUGUUCAAGAUUUUCUCAGAAACGUUUGCGACGUUGCCACUGGCCCAUUUGGUCCAGAAGAAGAUCUUUGUCGUCCACGGUGGACUGAGCUCAAGAGACGACGUAACACUAGAGGAGAUUCGAAACAUCGAUCGCAUUGGAAAGGGUCAACCAGGACAAGGAGGGCUAAUGUCUGAGUUGCUCUGGGCUGACCCUCAGCCCCAGCCUGGAAGAAGUCCAAGUGUCCGUGGAGUUGGCCAGAGAUUCGGGCCCGACGUCACUGAAAACUUUUGCAAGAUGAACAACAUCGAUAUGGUCAUUCGAAGCCACGAAGUCAAGCAACAAGGAUAUCAUAUAGAACAUAAUGGCCGCUGUGUCACUAUCUUCUCAGCACCGAACUACUGUGAUUCCGUUGGCAACAAGGGCGCUUAUAUUAAUGUCAUACCCGACAAAGAGACAACAGUGAAGCUGGACUAUGUGCAGUUUGAUGCGGUAGAACACCCAAAGACACAACCAUACUCCAACCGGUUCCGAGGAGGAUUCUGAAUCGAGGCGGUCAGGGUUUUGAUUAUCUUGGCACUCGUACUCCUAACACGAUACUUGCUUGGCUUGGCUCUGCUUCCAUCUGUGCCUGUUGGGAUCCAGUACCCGGCGUGGACGCGACGCGUGAAAAUAUAUUUACCCUAGGCGUUGCGAGGCAGAACGAAGCAUUGGCUGAUUAGCUGAAAGCAAAAACAAUAAAGACCCUGGAACCAAUCACUUGAAUAUGAAUUGAAAA